AUGUCACUCACAAAUCCCAUCCGCCGAGUGGCUGUUAUUGGCGCUGGGCCAUCUGGCCUGGCUUCAGUCAAGUACCUGCUCGCGGAGAAACACUUCGAUCAAAUCGAGGUCUUUGAGCAAAGAAGCUCAGUCGGUGGAGCCUGGAACCACAAUCCAAGUUCAGCCAAGACCGGGAUGUCAACUACUGUCCCUCAUCUAACCCCCCACGAGCCACUCGAGAAACCGAUAUGGAUCGAUGGGGCUGAGGGAAAGCGUGAGGCAACUUUCGUGUCCCCGCUUUAUGAUCUACUGGAAACCAAUAUCCCUAAGGAAUUGAUGCGUUACUCAGACCAGGAAUGGCCAUCGGAAACCCAGCUAUUCCCCAAACACCGGACGGUGAAGCAGUACCUUGAGGAUUAUGCCAAGGAUAUCAAAUCACUCAUUCAAUUCGAGACCCAAGUAUUGGAUGUGAAACUCAAGGAUGCAGGCUUGAGCACCUGGGAUUUAACAGCAAAGAAUCUUUAUACCGGCGCUGAAAUAACUCGGACUUAUGAUGCAGUUGUGGUUGCAAGCGGUCAUUUCACCGUCCCCUAUCUACCGGGUACCCCAGGUAUAGAGGUUUGGGAUGCAUCUUACCCUGGGACUAUCACCCAUUCCAAAUUCUAUGACUCACCAGAAACCUUCCGGGGUAAGAAGGUUGUUGUGGUCGGCAGCUCUGCUUCAGGUCUUGACAUUGGUGCCCAAAUCAACGAAGUGAGCAAAGGCAGAGUGGUGGUUUCCCAGAAGUCCGAAUCAUAUUUGGCUGCAUCUUCAGCUGGCAAUCAAAUCAUUUGCCCAGAGAUAGUCGAGUUUCUUCCCCCGGCAACACAUAACCGAGGCAUCAAAUUUGCAGACGGCCACAUUGAAGAACAGAUCGACGCGAUUGUUUUCUGUACUGGUUAUUUCUAUUCAUUCCCUUUCUUGUCUUCGCUCAACCCACCAGUUGUCACCCAUGGAUGGCGAACGACAAACAUAUAUCAGCAAUUAUUUUAUACAGAGCACCCGACGCUCGCGUUCCCUGUUCUUCCGCAACGGGUCAUUCCGUUCCCCAUGGCAGAGGCCCAAGCUGCUGUAUUCUCUCGUGUGUGGUCUGCGCGGCUUACACUUCCACCCAAAAAUGCUAUGCGAGAAUGGGAGGAUGCUGAAAUCAACAAGAAAGGGGAUGGGAAAGCAUUCCAUAUCCUUCACUUUCCCGCGGAUGCAGAUUAUCUGAACUUCCUCCACGACUGGGCGAAAAAGGCGAAUUUACGCCCAGGCUUGUCAAAUGAUGGACAAGGCAAACUCGGUCCUUGGUGGGGUGAGAGGGAAAGAUGGAUGCGAGCUCUUUUCCCCGACAUUAGACGAGCUUUCGUGAAGAGGGGAGCUGAGAGAGGCGAGAUCAGGAGCCUCGCAGAAAUCGGGUUCGACUUUGAAGAGUGGAAAAGGGAACAAGGUCCCCGCUUAUGA